UCAUAUGUGCAUCAGUAAAUCAACAUUUCCCAUGGGCAUUAAAUACUUGGAGGUAAUACUAUCCUACCACACUCAUUACAGACCGCAUGAUCUAUAGUUAUAUUCAGAUCAUUUGAGUGCCACUCUCACUUGCCCCUAUUGAAGGUUUCUUAUUUUUAUUUGGAAGAGCAAGACAACAGAAGAAGAAGCGCAGGAUGGCUUUGGGUAGUGAGUGGGGUAGCAAAAGCACUCACGGGAAGGCUUUGAGUGUCGUGGAUCACAAUCUCCAAAAUCAAACCCCAUCUUACCAGCUAGAACGGAGAGAUAAAGCUAUUGGUUUUGGGUCUUUAAGAUUCUCAUUGUCGUGUCGUCUAGUCCUUGCAAUCAAUCUCUUCUUUCCACAUUCCCCUUCAAUUAUCAUUCUUAUAAGUAACAAAGUUUAAACGAGCAAUAUGAUGAACCUGACCUUCAACUUUAUCAUGGUCAAAUGUGAUCUGUCUCCAUCUUGUAAUGAAGGCUCGCAAUUUAGUAUUUAUCUAAUUUGCUAAAGGCUAUCUAUAAAACGGGAAGUUCCUUCCCACCAAUGCAUAAACAGACGAGUUGGAGAUCAGCACAAGGCUUACUCUCUUCUCUUUUGAAGCUUGAACAAUGGAUGAAAAGCAGAGUUUGACAGUUACUGAUGCUGUGGAUUACAAAGGUUGUCCAGCAAGCCGGUCUAAAACUGGUGGUUGGGUCCCUGCUGCUCUUAUUCUAGGGAUUGAACUAUGUGAAAGGCUUUCAACAAUGGGUAUAGCUGUCAAUCUGGUGACUUACUUGGUGGGAACAUUGCAUCUGCCUAGUGCAGCUUCAGCCAACAUCGUCACAGAUUUCAUGGGCACAAGCUUUCUCCUUUGCUUGCUUGGAGGUUUUCUGGCAGAUUCUUUCCUUGGAAGAUACAAGACAAUAGCAAUCUUUGCCUCAAUACAGACACUGGGAACUGGAACUCUAGCCGUAAUAACAAAGCUACAACAACUACAUCCACCUCCUUGUGACCCUAAUGCCAGCAAGAAGUGCAAACAAGCCAAUGGGUUCCAAAUGGGAAUGCUCUAUCUGCCUCUCUAUCUAAUUGCUUUAGGAACUGGGGGAAUCAAAUCCAGUGUUUCGGGAUUUGGAACCGACCAAUUUGAUGAGAAAGAUGACAAGGAGAAGGCUCAAAUGGCAUAUUUCUUCAACAGAUUCUUUUUGUUUGUCAGCAGUGGGACUUUGUUAGCAGUGACAGUGCUUGUUUACUUGCAAGAUGAAGUGGGUCGCAGUUGGGGUUAUGGAAUUUGUUCUGUUUCAAUGUUCACAGCAAUUUUGUCAUUCCUGCGUGGUACUAAGAGAUACAGAUACAAGAAAAGCAUGGGAAGUCCAAUAGUUCAUAUCUCCCAGGUCAUUGUUGCAGCAAUAAACAAGAGGAAGAUGGCACUUCCAUUCAAUGAUGCUUUGCUAUAUGAAGAUUCUGCUGCAACAUCGAGAAUCGAUCACACAAAUCAAUUCCGUUUUCUGGACAAGGCUGCAAUUUUUGCAGAGGGAGAUUUUGAGAAAUCUGUAAACUCUGCUCCCAAUCCCUGGAAGCUCUGCUCAGUAACAAGGGUAGAGGAGGUGAAGAUGAUGAUGAGGCUGCUACCAAUAUGGGCCACAACCAUAAUCUUCUGGACUGCAUACGCCCAGAUGAUCACUUUCUCAGUCGAGCAGGCAUCCACCAUGGAAAGAUCAUUUGGUGCUUUCCAAAUUCCCGCCGGCUCUCUUACUGUUUUCUUUGUGACAGCCAUACUGAUCACACUGGCUCUGUAUGAUCGUCUCAUCAUGCCUCUUUGGAGAAAAUGGAAAGGAAAACCAGGUUUUACAAACCUACAGAGGAUUGCCAUAGGCCUUAUCCUGUCAACUUUGGGAAUGGCAGCUGCAGCUUUAGCCGAGACAAAGCGACUCUCGGUGGCUAAAGCUGUGGGUAGAUCCACUGCAACUUUGCCUUUAAGUGUGUUCCUAUUGAUCCCUCAGUUCUUCUUGGUGGGCUCUGGAGAAGCUUUCAUCUAUACUGGACAGCUUGAUUUUUUCAUAACACAAUCCCCAAAGGGAAUGAAAACUGUGAGCACUGGUCUCUUCCUCACAACUUUAUCACUUGGGUUUUUUGUUAGUAGUUUCUUGGUUGCAGUUGUGAAGAGGGUGACUGGAAGCAAGGAUGGACAAGGAUGGCUUGCAGACAACAUAAAUUAUGCUAGGCUCGACUGUUUCUAUGGACUUCUCACCAUAUUAAGUGCUAUAAAUUUUGUAGUAUUUUUAGUCUGUGCAAUAUGGUAUAAGCCACAGAAACCCAAACAACUUCUGGAGAUGCCAACUAGUACAAAUGAGGGGUCUGUGGCUGAGAAAUGCUAGUAAACCAGCUAUAUUUUGGGUUUGUUUAUUUUUUAUCUUGUAUUCCACAUAAAUUCGGAGAGUAGAUUAAUAAGGAUGAGCAAAAUAACGGUGGGGCAUUAAUGAGUACUCUAAAUUGACAAAGGACCGUUUUACAAUGCAGAUAUAAAUUCCAAUA